AUGAAGUUCUCCGUCGCCACCGUCGCUUUCGCCGCCGCCGUCUCGGCCCAGACCAUCACCCAGUGCGAUGGCAAGGCCCAGGUGUGCCUCGACGACGCCACUCUCGCUGCCAGCGACUGCGCCCUCGGUGACUGGGCCUGCGGCUGCCAGCCCGACAACCUCGCUGCCAUUCGCACUGCCGCGACCAGCUGCGUUGUCUCCGCCUGCGGUGGUCUCAUCCCUGCUCUCAACGUUCUUGUCGAGGUUGAGGCUAUCUGCGCCGACAUUUUGGGAUAA